AUGUUCAUGUGUGCAGUUUGUAGGCCAUUGUUUGGUGUUAAUGGUGAAGUCUUGCUUGAUGGAAAAAUUGGAAUUUUUCCAUUUACCAAACAAGUUCCAGCCAAAAGGUCAAGUAAAAAUAGAAAGGCAGACACUUUGGAGACAAAACCCAUAGAGAGUAUCACAAAAGAUGUGACCAGGGAUUGCUUGAUCAAUAAGAUAUUGCCUCCCAUCAUAGCCAAGUGGCCAGAUGGGGCAACUAAAGUUCUCAAGAUACAACAAGACAACGCAAGACCACACAUCAAAGACAAUGAUCCAGCUUUCAAAGAAGCUGCACAACAAAGUGGUUUCUCAAUAUCACUUGUGCAACAACCACCUAACUUACCUGACACUAAUGUCAAUGAUUUAGGUUGUUUUAUGGAAAUCAUGAAAGUCCAGGGUCAUAAUAGCUACAAGCUGCCCCACAUAGGGAAAGCACAUUUAAGGAGGACAAAUCAACUUCCAAUGGAUCUAGAAGUUCCAGUGGAGCUGGCUAUGCAAGCAAUUGCUUAUCUGCGGGACCAGGGGAGCAACCAGAGAUUGGAGAUGAUUGAUUAG